CACGCGGCGCGGGCGCCGACGCCGGUCGCCAUGGCGGGCUCUCCGCCGGGGUCCCCUCGCAAGGCGACGACCCCGUGCUGCGCGUCCGGCGGCGGCGGCGGCGGCGGCGGCGGCGCGAGCGCGGACGCCGCGAAGGCCGCCGCGACGGCCGCGUCAUCGUCGUCGAACGCCGACGCGCAGCGCGCGGCCGUCGCCGCGGACUACGCCAAGGUGGCCACCGCCGACGGCGGGUGCUGCGUCUCGUCCGCGCCCAACCGCGGCGCGAUCGGGUACACGCGCGAGGACCUCGCGCUCGCGGGCGACGCCGACCUCGGCGUCGGCUGCGGCGCGCCCGCGCGGCUCGCGGCGCUCCGACCGGGGGAAGCCGUCCUCGACCUCGGAUGCGGCGCGGGGAUCGACUGCUUCCUCGCCGCGAACGACGUCGGGGGGCGCGGCGUCGUGAUCGGCGUGGACAUGACCCCGGACAUGCUCCAGCGCGCGCGCGAGGGCGCGAAAGCGCGCGGCCUCGCCCCGCCGCGCGUUCAGUUCCGACUGGGAGAGAUCGAGAAUUUGCCGUGCGCGGACGACGAGGUGGACGUCGUGAUCAGCAACUGCGUCGUGAACCUCUCGCCGGACAAACCCAGGGUGCUGCGAGAGGCGCUCCGGGUCCUGAAGCCCGGGGGGCGGCUCGCGAUCAGCGACGUCGUCUCCACCGCGGAGCUCCCGGCGCGGUUGAAGACCGCGGAGGCGCUGUCGUGCUGAGUCGCGGGCGCGCCCGUCGCGGCGGACCUGGUCCGGAUGUUAACGGACGCGGGGUUCGCGGAUGUGCGCGUGGAGGAGAAGGCGGAGAGCAGGGAGUUCAUCAAGGACUGGAUGCCGGGAUCCGGCGCGGAGAAUUACGUCGUGAGCGCGAACGUCACCGCGGUGAAGCCGAAGAAGAAGACCGAAACCGCGGUCGAGGCGAACGAAGACGCGUCGGCGGCGGCGGCGGCGGCGGCGGCGACGAAGGCGUUCGCGUCCGCGGCGGGGACGAGCGCGUCCGUCGCCGCCCCCGUCGGCGCCGCGGCGAUGUCGCUCCUGACGGCCAUCGGUAAGGUGAUGAAGACGAUGGCGGAGCAUCACGCGGCGCACACGGACGACGUCCCGGCCGCGGAGUCGUGCCGCGAGCCCGAGCCGGCGAAGGAGAAGAAGGCGGGAUGCUGAUAAGCCGCCCCGGGAAGGGGCGCUCGUCGCGACGCGGGUCGGCGGGAGAGAGGCUCUCGCCCGCCGACCGCGCGGCGUCAUCACGACCGGCGUCGUCGCCACGCGGAGCGAGCCGAGCGCGGAACGAAGUGACCGAGAGACGAACGAAACCGGCGACGCGCCGGGACGUCUCUCGCGAUGUGUUCGCGCGCGGGUUACGCACGCGGCGACGACGCGAUUUUGUAACAACGACACAACGACGCGAAAUACCU